AUGGAUCAAGCAAAGCUGGCGCGCAUGCAGCAUGGAAAGGGUACCCCGCGAAGGAAGGUCAAGAAGGUGCACAAGAGCGCCGGUACCGACGACAAGAAGCUCCAGGGCGCGCUCAAGAAGCUCAAUGUUCAGCCUAUUCAGGCCAUUGAGGAGGUGAACAUGUUCAAGACUGAUGGAAACGUCAUCCACUUCUCGGCACCAAAGGUCCACGCCUCCGUGCCCGCCAACACCUUUGCCAUCUACGGCAACGGCGAGGACAAGGAGCUCACCGAACUUGUCCCCGGCAUCCUCAACCAGCUCGGCCCCGACUCGCUCGCGUCGCUGCGCAAGCUCGCCGAGAGCUACCAGAGCAUGCAGAAGGAGAAGGGCGAGGACGACAAGAAGGACGACGAGGAUGAUGACGACAUUCCUGACCUCGUUGCUGGCGACAACUUCGAGUCGAAGGCCGAGGUUGAGUAA